AAAUAAAAUUAUUACCGGAAAAUAUAAUUAGCCACUUAAAUAAUUUUUAGACUUCUUUGUUUUUAAGUAGUGAAUAUUAGUCCUCGAUACUUGGAAAAAUGCUCGAUGGACAGCGUAUAGGUUGGCUUGUCCGAGCGCGGUGCAAACGUGUAGCUCGCUGUGGUGCGCUCGGUUGGCUAAGUGUUAAAAUCCAGAUUUCCGGAAGGUAUAGCAUUCGUUAAAACGAGAUACUUCGACACGUUAUCUUAUUAACAGCUUUUGUUAUGGCGAUAAUGUCUGACAGCAAAAAUCAUAUGAGUAACAUGUCAGAAACGGAUAAUUUUCAAUUGCCUAUAGAUGCGAUUAUACACAUAUUAUCAUACUUAUCUACAUCUGAUAGGAUGGCAGCAGGAUUAGUUAAUCGAACGUGGCAUGAAGCAUCUCUUGCUAUGAAGUUUUUAGAUGAAGUAGAAUUAGUACUUGGUCGACCACGUGCAGACAAUUUAAAUGAAGUGAUAGAGCUUUUACAGCAUUCUACGAGACCAUUUUACAACUUUGUUUUUAGAGAAGUAGAAUUAAAGAGGAAUAUGGCAAUUUGGGAUCAAUAUGGACCUCAUAUGAAAAGUCUAGUACUGUUAUGCUGUGAUCUAAGUGAAAAAACAUUGGUAGAAAUUUUUAAAUGCUGCAAGUCUUUGAGAAUAUUGCGUAUUAAUGGUUGCAGAGAGUCUCUAAUGUCUGGUAGACUUUUAGAAGAUGAGAAUGACAUAAAGGAACUCUCAGAAACAUUUAAAAAUGUCUAUGAACUUAGCCUUGGAUAUAACCGUUUCUUAAGUGAUGCACUUUUUAAUAGAUUAGUUGCCAUUUGUCCAAAUUUGGAAUCUUUAAGCCUUAUGGGCUGUCAGAUGACCUUUCAUUAUGGACUGUAUAGAAAAUUUUACCCUGAUUUUAACGGCUUACCAUAUGCUUCAAAAUCAACGCUGACUUUUAUAAAUGCAUUAGACUACUUUGGACAACAAGCUUAUAAACUGAAGCAUUUGAAUUUUAGCUAUACUUUGAUUGAUCCAUCUGCUUUAGCUAUAUUAUCAGGUCUACAAAAUCUGAGAUUAGAGUCUCUAAUAUUACAAGGAUGUGAUCAGUUAUCUAAUGAAAGCAUUAGAGGAAUGACACAGCAUCAGACUUGUUUAAAAGUCCUUGAUAUUAGCUUUAACGUGCGUAUCGCAGAUGACAGUUUACUCUGUAUUUGCAAAAAUUUGACGAAGUUAGAAACACUUAGAAUAAAACGAUGCCGUGCAGUAACCGAUAUUGGUAUAAAGUAUAUUCAGUUAUUACAACAUUUAAAAGAACUCAAUAUCUCGGAAGACGAACAACUUACCGAUGAUUCUAUUACUCAUGGACUUUGCUCUGAUUGUAAUAUAAUAGAUGACGAUAAUAUGGAUCAAAAUAUUGAUGGAAAUAUCAAUUUUGCUCCUCCAGAAAAGAAUUGUGUUCAGAGAAGAACAGAAGAAAGGAUGAGAAAAGAAAAUAUGCGAAUACUAUCAGCAAAUGCACUGCGUAUUCAUGAAGAAUCAGUUGAAUGCAUAUCCAAAUUUUUUCCUAAUUUAAGGCAACUUGAACUUAGCUAUUGUUUUAGUGGCGUUACCGAUAAAACAAUACAGAUGAUAUUCAAGGAGCUUGUACAUUUGCAAACAUUAAAUAUAAGCCAUUGCGAUGAGGUCAGUGAUGCUGGCUUAACGGGUAUGGGUACUGGUAACCACAAAUAUGUCGAAAAAAUACAAGUUGCACAUAAUCCAGAAUUUACAGAAUCCAGAUUAAGAAUCAGUUUACGGUCAAAGGCCGAAGAAGAAAUAGUACGCGAUGCAGAUCGAAAACGAGAAAUCAUGAAGCUUUGCGAAAACGUAUCUAAACCUUUAAAUUCGUUUUCCGGAUACUCUUUGAUCAGGCUUAAAUGCCUUCAAGAACUCGAUCUUUCUGGGUGCAACAGAAUUACUGAUGUCAGUUUAAAACACGCAUUCGCUUUUCCAGAAUUAAAGAUCUUAAAUUUAAGCAAGUGUCAACAAAUUACAGACAUUGGAUUGGAUUAUUUAUCAAAAAAUAAUCCGGCAAUCGAAUACUUAAAUCUAAACCGCUGUUACAAUAUAUCAGAUAUUGGUAUAUCAUAUCUUGUACAGAGAUUGCACAGAUUAAAACGACUUCUCAUACAGGGAUGUUCACAACUCACGGAUCAUACUCUCGACUCUAUUAAAUUGUAUUGCAAAAGUCUACAUUACCUAGAUACACGUUAUUGCCGGGGGAUGUCAGCGGCAGGUCUUGAAAGCUUGACACAUUUAUAUGUCGAUUGCUAUGAGCAUACAGAUGUUGCUUUGGGAGAAAAUGAAAUAUUACCACCACCCGCUCUGCCUUUACCAUCAUUAUCAUCUUUGCCAUAGAGACGGUUUCAAUAUCUUCUUUCGCAUUUUAAGGACAGGGUAAGGGAAAACUGAAGUAUUAUUUUAAAAACUGACUAUAAAUAUAUUAUGUGAUAGAAAGAAAAAUUAAUAGAUUAUAUUUUUUAUUCGAACAUUUGCAUAAAGAUUAUGCUUAUGUUUGACAUUAUACGUACGCAAAUUUUUAAAUAUUUUCAAGUAUUUGCGUAGAAAUUUUUAAUUCUGUACAUAUAAUAAUAUGAAGGAAUUUUAGUAUAUAUUAUGUCAAAUAUCUGAUAACGAUUUUAAAGCUUUUUUAGAGGGAUGCAUUACAGUCUUAAAAAUCGAAUAAUUUGGAUAUAUUCGGCAUAUUCAUCAUUUAAUAUAAAAUCUAAUUUAAGCAAAUAUUGAGUGAUAACGCGAUUUUAAUUAAAUGAAAUAAAUCGGCUAAAAUAUAAUUUAAAGAACAUAAUUUUUCAUUAAUUCUUAAAUAAAUGAUGUUAUUAUUUAAAGUAAGGUUAAUUUACGAUUUUAUAACGAAUUUUAUUCUGCUUUAUGGUACAAUUUAAUUGGUAUUACAGUAAGUAUUACAGAAAUGAUAAAAAUAAUAAUUAUGUAUAACAUUUCAUACGCGUUUUAAGGAUUCAUCACUUUUUCAGAUAUUCAUAGCUCAGCUAUCCGAAAUUAAAAUAACUUAAAAGUUUAGGAAUUUUUAUAUAUUAAAUCGAGAAAUUUAAUAAAGAUUCUUUUUUUAGACAAUAACUAAUAAGUAGAUAAUAGCUGCAAUUGAAAUGGUGAAAGUAUUUUUAAACAAAUCAUUGUACAUAAAAUAACUUCAUACAUAUAGUACAAAAACAAUGUUAAUAAUUUCUAUACUGAAAUUUAAAUUGAAAUAUUUUUGUGAAAAUGCUACCAUUAAAAAAAAUCUAUAAAAUAUAAAUACAAUUUGUUUAUUCGCACAUAAUGUAAGAUUUGCUCCUCAAAAACUUAUAGUCUAGAUUAUAUCCUUAUCGUUAUAUAAAAAAUAAUAUUAUUCAAGUUGCUUCUUCUAGCAAAUUGCUCAGCAUAUUAUUAUUUGAACAUAAUAAUGUAAUAUAUAUUUCGUUAACGCACCGGAGAUUUUCGAGUACUUUUAAAUAGUAUAAAAUUUUUGAAAGUUUUAUGAAUGAUACACACUAUUGUACACAAUUCAUGUAUGAUAUUUAUAUAAGGAUAGAUCGUUCGAGUUAGGAUAUAUAAUAAGAUUAUGUAAACAAUGAUCUAAAUUUUAUUUAGAAACAAACAAAUUUAACAUUAUUUUUAAUAAUAGUUAAAAACUUGUCUGUGUCGAAUAAAGUAAUUUCGAUUAAAAUUGUGGUUUUCAAAGAUAUUAUAAUAUUUUUAAUCGAUCGCCGCUUUUUUAAAUAUAUAUAUUUAUCAUGUGAUAACGUUAGUUAUAGACAGCAGAAUAAAGUCAAUUUCCUUUUGUGAUAUAGUAAAAAUAAGAGUAUAGUUAUUGAAUUUAGAAAAUAGAUGUCGGUAAAUAAAAAUUGCAAGUUUGUUUCUCAAUGAUUUCCUCCAGACGUUUAGAUACAUUUUAAUUUAUCCUUUAAUUCUAUUGUAAAUGGUAUCUUUAUAAUUAACAGCAAAACAUACAAUUUAUGACCAGAAAAGGAGGAAUCGUCACCCGUUUUUAACCAACCCUACCUUUUUGUACAAAACU